AUGAACCUCAAGCGACCCCUGUCGCCGCCAGCCAAGCCGCGCCGCGCCGGCACCGCCAUCGACGACGACGCUUGGCUCGACGUGCUCUUGGCGCUCAAGGUCUACCGACUGCUGUACGGCCACUGCAAGGUGCCACUGUCGUUCUUCAUCCCGCGCCUCGACCACACGCCGACAGCGUGGCCGCUGCAUUUGACGGGCAUGCGCCUCGGCGCCUCUGUCAAGACGCUGCGCACGUGCUACCUUCCCGUGCGCUACGUCUUAGCAUUGGAUGCGAUCGGGUUUGUGUGGCGUCAGGACGGUCGGCUGAUCCCAACGGGCGCAUCGCUCUUUGACGAGAUCGACGCGGUGCCGUUCGCUGCCAUGAUCGCCGCCCUCGAAGAGCAUGUCGCGACGCACCAGACGACGGCGAUCCCGGCGCAGGCGACGUUUGUGCACACAAGUGCGUGGCAUCGGUCGUGGACGUACGUUCUUGCGGACGUCGUGCCGGAGCUGGAAGCUCAUUUUUACCAGCUCUCGGACGCGCAGAUGGCUCGCCUUGGCGACCUCGGUUACUGCCAGCGACUUCCGCUCUGGGACGACCUCAUGGACUUGUUGCAGCGGUACUACACGCACGUUGUGCCGCCGGGCAGUGGCGUCGCCAUCGACUUUGUCGUCCCAGGUGACGCUGCUGCAUGGCCACGCCAAUGGCACGGUCUCGAGCUCGGACUGCUCUUUUGGUCGGUCGGUCUCACAUGCACGACGCUGGCUGAGAGUCGGAAGCGCGAUCUCAAGACGCACAAGUAUGUCUUCAACACGGUGCACACGUGGGCCACGGUGAUCGAAGCACUCGCGACGUACGAGAGCGUGAGUGCGACCAAGUCGUUCGUCCUUGGCCGCUCGUACGUGACACCGACGACCGCGCUGUGGCCGGAAGCGCUGCGUGGCUAUCCGCUGGGUCGGUGGUACGAGGUCAUGUGUCGUGCCGAGACGAGCUUGCUCUUGCCGAGCUCUUGA